AUGGAGUACCUCGCGAAAGAGUUUCUCGAGUGCGAGAUCUCUGCACUUAAAUCACUUAUCGUCCGCCAGACUUCUACCACCAACGCAGAAAAGCCAUUCCAUACCGAACUCCAGACUCUCCUCGAGGCCGUUCCAGCACUCGAGACUCUCUGUGUUACCGCGAUCAAAGCCAAGCUACUGCCUAUUGAUACCAUCUGCCGACAUGGAAGAUCCCUGCGUUACCUGCACGUUGAUCACUUCCCCAAUCUCCAUGAGUACAUAAGUCGUCCUCUGAACAAAGUCGAGCGUUAUACGCCUCAAGAGCUUGAGAAGCUUGUAUCAAGCUGUCCAAACAUUGAGGGACUCAGUCUGAAUCUUGUUGGGUGGGACUUUGGAGAUUUUGACAUAGAUGAGAUCUUCGCUUUAGGCGAGACGACAUGGAAUGAUGAGGGAAUUAUGACAAUCGAUAGCUUGUUACUACCUAUCAGCCGACUCCGCAACCUCCGUAACCUCCGCCUCACCCAUCCCCUGAUCCACCCAGAAGACGGUCACAAUGAUAAUUUCAUUGUACUCAAAUACCAAUCCCGAUGCCAGCAAGUAGCCAAUGCUGUUAUGGAAUUUCUUGUGAACAACAAGUCACCCAUCGAGCUUCUUGCCUUUGGCCCAGGUUACUGGCCACAUACUAUCUUCCCAUCAGAUUCAUACAGAGAUCUCAAUGGGCACAAAAUCCCUCAUUUUUACUACCGUCGCGGUAUAGCGACUGUAUCAAUGCGCGGAGGAAAGCAGAUCUCGCGCGCUCUUGCUGUUCCUGUACGAGAAGAAAGCGAGCAUGAGGAGAUGCUUUUCUGGAAGUAA